AGUAAACAAACAUACACUGGGAUUUUAACCACAGCGAGAAACUGGCACGCGUGUUUCGGGCAUGGACAACGCUGGAUUUUGGAUAUUCCUGAUACCAACUUGUGUAAUUCCAGGGAUAAAUGGCCAGACUGUGGAAAUGGAUGAUGGGAAGUGGGGCUAUGUUGGCUCAAAGGUGGAUCUCCGAUGUCGGUUCAUUAACAGCUCCCCGCCUGUCAAAAUCUCACAGGUGACAUGGCAGAAACUUGUGAACGGCACCAAGCAGAACGUGGCCAUUGCCAACCCCUCCCUUGGCGUGUCUGUAGCCCCACCCUACAGGGACAGAGUGGCCUUCAAAAAUGGAGCAGUAAGGCGAAGAACUCCGAAUCUAGAAGACACCACCAUCACCUUUUCUUCGCUCCGCCUCACCGAUGAGUGCACCUACAUCUGUGAAUACACCACGUUCCCUGCAGGGAACCGAGAAAACUCUGUAAACCUCACCGUCUUUGUUCGCCCGACGACUCAGAUGAGUCUUUCCACGCCGACGCUUGUUGCACGCUCAUCCAAUCUGAAGACACCUGUAGCCACCUGCGUUUCAGCCAAUGGAAAGCCACCAGGCACUAUCAGGUGGGAGAGCAGGGUGCCGGGAGAAGUGACCACCAGAGAGUUCAGAAACUCAGAUGGGACGUUCACUAUUCAGAGCGACUACAUUUUGGUCCCCAGCAGAGAAACACACAAGGAAACCCUCACCUGUGUGACCUCAUACAAUGAGGAGGUCUUCACUGACAGCGUCACCUUGGAUAUUCAGUAUGAGCCAGAUGUUUUGAUUGAUGGGUUUGAUGGAAACUGGUACCUGAAUCGAGAGAACGUCCAGCUGAGCUGCCAAGCUGACGCCAACCCAGCCGUCUCCCUGUAUCAGUGGAGACUUAUUAAUGGCACUAUACCAACCAAUGCUGAGGUCAGAGACAACGUCCUCCUCUUUAAAGGGCCUGUCACAUAUGACGUGCAAGGGACCUAUGUUUGUGAUGCAACCAAUAGCAUCGGGACACGAUCCAGCUCUGUGGAGGUCAGCAUAAUAGAAAAGCCACUACCACAGAUUGCAACUGGUGAUGUCAUCAGCGUCGUUGCCUUAUUAUUGGCUGCUGGAGUGCUCAUGGGCAUUACUAUCACGGUCCUGGUGCUCAAAAUAAGAAGCAGAAAAGACGACUCCUCAAAUGACUCUCCGUCCAGGAAACUGUCCCAGCCGAUAAGAAAAAGACCAGCGGAUGACAUUCAGCAUUCAGGACGGUUCUAUGAAGAGCUUCCAAACACAGCAGACUACGUGAGCUACAGACUGGCCUGUAACAAGGAGGACUACCCUGAGCCCUACUCCCCUCCCAUCAACCCACCUCUCUCAUUUCUGCCCCAGCACCCCUACCAUUCCUCACACACGACCCCUGCAACCAGUAGCAGCAGCAGCAACAACACCAUGUCAAAAAACACCUUUUCUCCUCCUCCUCCACACACCACGGCCAUCUUCAAAUACCCCUCGGUACCGGGCCUGAGCUCUCCUCCCCCUGGAGUGGCAGCAUACACUUUUCCGAAAGAGCAGUACGUCUGAAGCGACGCUUCAUUUGUCACAAACUCAAACUGCUCCAGUGAGGACAAAAUGAAACAACCAGAUUUUAAUCCAAACAUUUCCAAGAAGGAGGCUUUUGUUUGACCAUAAGCUAUCAGGCAAUGUCUCUGCAUUGUCUGACUCUGUGGACAACACUGGAAAAUAAAGGACAAUGCGGUUUUUAUGUUGGACUAUGAAUCAAGUUGAAUUAUAAAAUGUUUUCUCUGUUUUGUCCUGUUUUUUUUUUUUGUAUAAUCUAUUCUAUGAAAAGGGAAGUUUGUUGAACCAUGUUUCUAUUAUGUUUUAGGGUACAGGGAGGUCACGUUGAAAUGAUUUAAUGCCAUUUGAAAAAUGUACAUUGCAUGGAUGAAUAACAUUUGAUUUGCAAAUGCUUCUGACAUAGGAUUACCUCUUGAUGCCCAUUGUGAUUGGCCCCUAACUUUAUCUGGUAUUGUAAUAUUUAUUAAAAAAAAAAAAAGCAAUGGGAAAAAAGUUAUAUAAUUUCCGACUUUAUCUCUGAAGCCCAUUUUCUUUAUCCUGCAUCAUACACACUGACAAUCCUUUUACUGUAGAACAGUGGAACUCACCUUUUGGUUUACCUCCUGCUCAGAUGAUAUACUUUUACUGUGUUUGUAUUUUAUAUUAUUAAUGUUUUUCUUUGCAAUGAAAAAAGCACAUUUUUAUGUACUCGAGAAAUUCUAUUGUUCUAUUAAAUUGAUGUUUAUAUUUGUGGUAUUAGUGGGAUUUAGACUUCAUUGAC